AGUAAGGCGCACAUUGCAAGUGCCGGCGCGGGAGUGCUCGAUGCGUGCUACGAUGUGAUCAAGAGCGAGAAAGAUGCAUGCGAUCCAGAAGCGCUGGAGACGGCGCUGUCCAAGUAUGUGCUGCACAACUGCCACAGCUUAUAUUGAAACCUUCCAGGACGAAUGAUCUGGUUCGCGACUUCGUUGACGAAGAUGACCCAGAUACUCGAGUGAGGACAUUACGAUCGGCAAGGUCGUUCUCUCACAUGAAUUCAUAGAAUCUGCUGAGAACAAUAUGUACCGCGCUCUCCGAGAUCCGAUCCAGACUCGAUAAGACAUCGGGGGUACCACAGCUGGAAGAAGAACGCGAUCACUCGCAAGCGGUGGCCAGCCGACUGCGAGCUAAACUUGCUGAGGCCAAUCGCGCGCGAGAGGAAGAGCGGAGGACCGCAUUUGAGCGGCAGAUGGAGCGGCAGACUGAGUAUCUCGAGCAGCUGACCGAACUGCAGAACAGGCUGCAGGAAAUAACGGGAGCGCUGGCGACAGAGCGGGCCAAGCUCGAAGUCAGCGAGGCAGCUGCUCAAAAUUUGAAUUCACAGCUGACGAAAUGGCGCGUACACUCCAAUAAAUAUAAGAAGAAGGUAGAUACUAGUCGUUGCACAUCACCUAUGGAUGUCAUGUCCACUGCUAAUGAACUGAUCACAGUACCAUGUUCUGAAGAAGGAACAUGAGGCUGUGAAGAACGGGAUUGAUGAUGCAUUUUUUCCUAGCGAUUCUCUUGAAAUAAUUUAACAAUCUUC